GUGACGCGUUUCUCCUGGCAGUAAACUUGCCGAGACCACAGAGAAACAGACCAAGCCCAAGUGGUGCGCCGUGCACUUUUCAGGGCACCUCAGCGCAUGAAAACUCUCGGGGACUCUCCUGGAACGGACACCAUGCCUCCCAAGUCUCUUGCCAACGUCUCCCUGACCGCGGGCGCCAAUAGCACCGGUCUCUUUCUGGGGAUGUCCGAAAGGGAUCUCCCGCUGGCCUCGGACGGGACCGCCGCGGACUUGGUGAUCCGCUUCGUGAUUCCGUGCCUCUACCUGCUCAUCAUCGCGGUGGGUUUGCUGGGCAACAUCGUGCUGGUGAAAGUCUUCGUCACCGACAGCUCCCUGAGGAGCGUCCCCAACAUCUUCAUCUCUAACCUGGCCGCAGGGGAUGUACUGCUGCUGCUCACCUGCGUCCCCGUGGACGCCUCGCGCUACUUCUUUGACGAGUGGGUCUUUGGGAAGGUGGGCUGCAAACUGAUCCCAGUCAUCCAGCUCACCUCCGUGGGGGUUUCUGUGUUCACUCUCACGGCCCUCAGCGCCGACAGAUACAGAGCCAUUGUAAACCCUAUGGACAUCCAGACCUCAGAGGCAGUGAAGUGGACCUGUGUGAAAGCUGUGGUUAUAUGGAUAGUCUCCAUGCUAUUGGCAGUUCCUGAAGCAGUAUUCUCUGAAGUGACACUCAUUGACAACCCAGGGAAUGGCAGCUUUACAGCAUGCAUACCCUACCCUCAGAUGGAUGAGUUACACCCAAAGAUUCAUUCAGUGCUCAUCUUCUUGGUCUAUUUCCUUAUUCCACUUGCAAUUAUUAGUGUUUAUUAUUAUCAUAUUGCAAAGACCUUAAUUAAAAGUGUACAUAAUCUUCCUGGAGAAUGCAAUGAACAUACCAAAAAACAGAUGGAGACGCGGAAACGCCUGGCUAAGAUUGUGCUGGUCUUUGUGGGCUGCUUUGUCUUCUGUUGGUUUCCAAAUCACAUCCUCUACAUGUACCGGUCUUUCAACUAUAAGGAGAUUGACCCAUCUCUAGGCCACAUGAUUGUCACCUUGGUUGCCCGGGUUCUCAGUUUUUGCAAUUCUUGCGUCAAUCCAUUUGCUCUUUAUCUACUCAGUGAAAGCUUCAGGAGGCAUUUCAACAGCCAGCUCUGCUGUGGGAGGAAGUCCUACGGAGGGAGAUCAACCAGCUGCCUACUCAGCUCUUCAGCAGUGCGGAUGACAUCUCUGAAAAGCCAUGCUAAGAACAUGGUGACCAAUUCUGCUUUACUAAAUGGGCACAGUGUGAAGCAGGAAAUAGCAUUGUGAUUUUAGCCAUUCAACUCUCUACCUAGAAAGAACUUACUAA